UGAUAAAAUUGAAACUGUUAGUAAAUUAAUACAAAUUCGAUUUAACCAAAUAAAAACACAAUUUGCAAAUGAUAAACGUGAAUUUAAAUUACCACCUACGACAUUUAUUGGAGGUGAUACGGAUUCAUUAACGUUGCAAGAAAUAUUUAAACGUUUAGAAAAUAUUUAUUGUGGUCCACUUGGAAUUGAAUAUGUAUAUAUUGCUAAUUUAGUUUGUGUUGAAUGGAUAAAAGAAAGAUUAGAAACACCCGGUGAAAAAGUUACUAAAUUGGAGAAACAAAUAGCACUUAAGCGUAUAACAAAAGCUACUAAACUUGAAGAUUUUUUUGCAAAAAAGUGGCCAAGUGAAAAACGUUUUGGUAUAGAAGGGCUAGAAACUGGUAUUGUAACAUUAUCACAUAUAAUUGACACGGCAGCAACAUUGGGCGUUGAGCAUUUUGUCAUUGGAAUGGCCCAUCGUGGACGACUUAAUGUUUUAGCCAAUGUUGCUAGAACACCAUUGUUUGAAAUAAUUUCGCUAUUUCAGGAUAUAGAACCGCCUGAAGAUUAUGGUGCAGGUGACGUAAAAUAUCAUUUAGGAACCACUGGCACAUUUUUUAGUAAAACAGCAAACAAAAAAGUACGUGUAACAGUUGUAGCAAAUGCAUCACAUUUAGAAGCAGUCAAUCCGAUCGUUCUUGGGAGAGUAAAAGCAGAAUUGGUACACACGAAAGAUAAAAAAAAGGUACUGCCUAUAUUAAUUCAUGGUGAUGCAUCUUUCUCUGGCCAAGGAAUAUGUUUUGAAACAAUACAUUUAGCAAAAGUACCUCAUUACAAAGUAUACGGAACUGUGCAUAUUAUUUUUAAUAAUCAGAUUGGUUUUACAACUGAUCCACGAUUCCACCGUUCAUCUGCUUAUUGCACGGAUGUUGCAAAAGUUUCCAAUUCACCGAUAAUUCAUGUAAAUGGUGAUAAUGUUGAGGCUGUUUUACAAGCAUCCAAAUUAUUAACAGAAUGUCGAAUGAAUUUUCUUGAUCAUGAUGUUGUACUUGAUAUAAUUGGUUAUCGUCGACAUGGUCAUAAUGAAGCUGAUGAGCCCAUGUUUACGCAACCAUUAAUGUAUACAAAAAUUAAAGCAUCCCCUACAAUUUUAGAAAAGUAUUAUCGGGAAUGUCUUAAAAACGAUCUAACAACAAAAGAAGAACAAUUAAAGUAUGAAGAAGAUUUUCUUAAAAUGUUGGAAGCAGAAUAUGAGAAAGGUAAAGCACAAACAGAAAUUCAUCCAGAAAAUUGGGUUGAAAUUAAUUGGCCAACUUUCGGUGUUCCUACAAAUGGUGAACCGCCAAAAACGGGCAUAAGUGCUGAUGUGAUCAAUCAUAUAGGUACUGUUUUUGCAUCCCGCCCAACAGAAUCAAACUUUGACUUUCAUAUAGGAAUAACUAAUAUUUUAAACAAAAGAGUAAAAUUACUUGAGGAUAAGUCUGUAGAUUGGGCUUUAGCUGAAGCCAUAGCAAUUGGUUCGUUGUUAAAAGAAAAUAUUCAUGUGCGACUUUCUGGUCAAGAUGCACAGCGCGGUGUUUUUGAUCAAAGGCAUCAUGUAUUACAUCACCAGACUAAAGACAAGGUCACCUAUGAACCAUUGAAUCAUUUAUACCCUUCUCAAGCACUUUAUACAGUUUGCAACAGCCCAACUGGUCAAAAUGGUGUGUUGGGAUUUGAAUUGGGAUACAGUACAUAUAGUCCUAAUGCCCUUGUUAUGUGGGAAGCACAAUUUGGUGAUUUUGUAAAUAAUGCUCAAGUUAUCAUAGAUCAAUUUAUUAGUGGUGGCCAAGAAAAAUGGGUUCGACAAUCAGGUAUAGUGUUAUUGUUACCACAUGGUAUGGAAGGUCAAGGCUCUGAGUAUUCAAAUGCAAGACCUGAACGAUUUUUACUUGGGUGUAAUGAUGAACCAAAUGUAUUCCCAGAAAUGAAUGCAUUUUUCGAAAUGAAUCAAUUAAAGAAAUGUAAUUGGAUUGUUGCAAACUGUUCCACACCAGCAAAUUAUUUUCAUAUUUUAAGAAGACAAAUUAAGUUAGAAUUUCGUAAACCGCUUAUUUUAUUUACACCAAAAUCGUUGCUAAAACAUCCAGCUUGUAAAAGUAGUUUCGAGGAAAUGACUGAAAAUACACAAUUUCAAAGAGUCAUACCGGAUUUUAAUCCAAAUCAAGAUAAAAUAUCAAAAUUACUGUUCUGUAGUGGGCGAGUUUAUUACGAUAUUAUGGAAGAACGUGGAAAAAAGAAAUUGAACGAUGAUAUUGCAAUUUGCCGAAUUGAACAGUUAUCACCAUUCCCAUUUGAUUUAGUAAAAGCAGAAUAUUUAAAAUACAAAAAUUUAAAGAGUGUUUGUUGGCUUCAAGAGGAACAUAAAAACAGUGGACCUUGGAUAUAUGUUAGACCACGAUUUGCAGCAAUUGGACUUAAAAACAUAGAAUAUAUUGGCAGAAGAACGAGUUCAGCUGCGGCAACUGGAUUUCGACCGAAACACAUACGUGAACUAGAAGAAAUGAUGAGAAAUGCUAUAAUGAUUUAAAAGAAAA